AUGGCUCGUGGGAAUUGGCUCUGCACUAGCACACGAGUGGGUGCUUUAGCUGUGGGCUUGUGCACUAGUUGCAUAUUUCGCCCACAACUGUCAUUUCUGUGCUUCAGUUCCUUCUGGACUCAAGACCAGUCGCCCCUAAAGGGGGAUCUUGCGAACAGAAACGUGAAAGAGACGCACGUGUCAGUUCGUGAGCUCUUGGUAUGCUGCAUCCGGGCUGCCCAGAUGGCAGGGGCCACAAUUCGAGAAGAGCACGCUCGUGCAGCAGGCAUCAAGGCUUACGUCAAGACAGUGAAGGCAGGCAGUCGCGAGCUCAGCGCUGGUGAACUGGAUGCUGCCGGAGCAUCUGAAGUGGUCACCAGAGCUGAUUUCAGAGCGCAGCUGAUCAUCAUGAAGUGCCUCAAGUCGCGGUAUCCACAGGCAGUAGUAAUUGCAGAGGAAGAUGAGAACGACGCGCAGAAUGAAGCAGAAGGCUUGGACUGUGCCUCGUUCUCCUGCGAGGACAUCGAUGUGGGUUUGGAUAUUCCAGCAGGCUUGUCUCGGUGCAGCUGGGAAGAUUUGACAGUGUGGGUUGACCCUCUAGAUGGCACCAAAGAGUUCGCACGUGGAAAGCUUGAGAGCGUGACUGUACUGAUCGGCAUCAGUUUCAAGCACGUUCCAGUCGCUGGCGUGAUUCACCAACCAUUUCGACAGUCCCUCAGUGGCGACAUGCAGUCUUGCACAACCUGGGGCAUUGUCGGAGCGGGAGUCCGUUCCACUCGACUUGGGGAAUUAAAGCCGGCCCAGGCCCAUGGCAAGCUCGUGGCAGUGCUGAGUGAGAGCAAGAAGGACAGCGAAGUGGUUUUGCGAACCCUGCAACGGCUCCCGGCAGGCCUUGAAAUCCUCAGAGCUGGAGGCUGUGGCAACAAGCUCGUCCAGGUUAUCGAGCAAGAAGCAGAUUUCAUGCUACAGGCACCUGGAAGUCAGCGAUGGGAUUCGGCAGCAGGAGAAGCAAUCCUUCGGGCCUUGGGUGGUGGCCUUUGCAGCCUCAAUGGGGAGGUUUACCAGUACGUGCGUGACAGCUCUCACAGGAAUGAUGGAGGCCUCCUUGCAUUCCGGAACUCCUCACUGAAAGGUUACGCGAUGCCGAAAGUCUCCACGUGA